CGCGAGAAUUGUGUUUAAGAGUUCGCGAGAAUGUGGUUUGUUAGGGGCGCCCCUCUCGCGCGUUCCUGUGUUGAGGCUGUGUGGCUUGCCCCUUUAGGGAGGCUAAGGUCGGCCGGGCGACCGCGGUAGGAUCGAGUUUCUGAAAGCCUGAAGAAAAGCUGCUUAACGGUCGCUGCCUGAGGGAGUUAGUCUCGGCGAAUUUUACGUUGGGGGGUAAUUCUGCGUAUCCAUAGGGAAGAGGGUGACGUCACGAGCGUAAAGACGACGCUGCGGUGUCCUGAGGUCCCUGCAGCCGGGAGGCCACCAGGGAAGGGCGCGCUCUGGUCGCCGCGCGGUGAUGCUCCCGAAAACGUCCACCGGGUCUAGCGGGAGCUCGGCCUGAUGUUCAGGUCACCAAAUCACUCCAGAUCUUCAGACCUUUCCCAGUAUAAUGUGGCUCGUAAUUGACUGCAUUCAUAGCAGUUCCAGACUUGGAGGAAGCUGUGGGAGACAAUGACUUUUUCCCAGAUUCUCUCCUUUUAGGUAACAAAGAAGGAGGUAAAAUGAACUUUACCAACUUUGGCAUUUUGUGUUUUGUUAAUUAGGUCUAUGAAGUUUCUUUCCUGUUGCUGGUCUUAGAGUAAUUGAGAGAAAUGCGUGCUGCAGUCUUCUGAUACCUAGAACUCACGUGUCCAUUUGCUCAAGGCCCAAAAUAAGGCAGGAUAACUAAACAGCUACAUGCACAUACAUGCAAAUUCUACUGGAAAUAUGGAUAUUCUGGGAUGGGAAUCAGUUGGACUCAGUCUAGAUCAGGAUUUCUCAACCUCAGCACUGUAACACAUUUUAGCCAAGAUUCUAUUUCAGACUAAGGUAUGAAUGGAAGCAGGGAAUAUUUGCAUUUAAAGGACAAAGUUGCUAACACAAAUGUAAUUUUGGAACAUGGUGGAGAAUAACAAUUUGACCAGUGUCUGAAACUGGAAUCAGCUCCAUAACGUGUAAAGGACUCUGGACUUGGUCCCAGAGAAUCUUGAUUCAGAUCCCACCCAUGUACCCUUUGAAUCCUUGUAUUGCUAAGACUGGGGACGCAGUUUUCUUUCACAAAGGGAAAUCUAAGUUCAUUUCAAGGCAUUCGAAAUGGGGAAAGACUAUUAUUGCAUUUUGGGAAUUGAAAAAGGAGCGUCAGAUGAAGAUAUUAAAAAGGCUUACCGAAAACAAGCCCUCAAAUUUCAUCCGGACAAGAACAAAUCUCCUCAGGCAGAGGAAAAAUUUAAAGAGGUCGCAGAAGCUUAUGAAGUAUUGAGUGAUCCUAAAAAGAGAGAAAUAUAUGAUCAGUUUGGGGAGGAAGGGUUGAAAGGAGGAGCAGGAGGUACUGAUGGACAAGGAGGUACCUUCCGGUACACCUUUCAUGGCGAUCCUCAUGCCACAUUUGCAGCAUUUUUCGGAGGUUCCAAUCCCUUUGAAAUUUUCUUUGGAAGACGGAUGGCUGGUGGUAGAGAUUCUGAAGAUAUGGAAGUAGAUGGAGAUCCUUUUAGUGCCUUUGGAUUCAGCAUGAAUGGAUAUCCAAGAGACAGGAAUUCUGUGGGGCCAUCCCGCCUCAAACAAGAUCCUCCAAUUAUUCAUGAACUUAGAGUAUCACUUGAAGAAAUAUAUAGUGGUUGCACCAAACGGAUGAAGAUUUCUCGAAAAAGGUUAAACCCUGAUGGAAGGAGUUAUAGAUCUGAGGACAAAAUUCUCACCAUUGAGAUAAAAAAAGGAUGGAAAGAAGGCACCAAAAUUACUUUUCCAAGGGAAGGAGAUGAAACACCAACUAGUAUUCCAGCAGACAUUGUUUUCAUUAUUAAAGAUAAAGAUCACCCCAAAUUUAAAAGGGAUGGAUCAAAUAUAAUUUAUACUGCUAAAAUUAGUUUGCGAGAGGCAUUGUGUGGCUGCUCAAUUAAUGUUCCAACAAUGGAUGGAAGAACCAUACCUAUGUCAGUAAAUGAUAUUGUGAAACCUGGAAUGAGGAGAAGAAUUAUUGGAUAUGGGCUGCCAUUUCCAAAAAAUCCUGAGCAACGUGGUGACCUUCUAAUAGAAUUUGAGGUGUCCUUCCCAGAUUCUAUAUCCUCAUCAUCCAAAGAAGUACUUAGAAAACAUCUUCCUGCCUCAUAGAAUGAAAAACUUUGCUACCCAUAUUUUGAUAAGGCACUGAAAAUAUAAAAGGACUGGCUGUUUAUUGAUGUAGAUGUGAAUUCUGUAUAAAGAUGUAUAAAUUA